AAACCAAUUACGUCUCAUUCCCCUUCCUUCCAAUCCCACCCGCCUCGAGUCGCCCGCUCGAUCGAGAUCCGCCCCGCCGUACUGCGACAUGCGGACGCGGGGCCGCCGCUCGUCUUCUGACUCUCCUCGUCCUGGCCGUGAUUGAGUCAGAGAGAGCAGCGCCGACAAACGAGCGGACCCGAGGGGGUGCGCCGAGGAUGGAGGCGGUGGGCGCCGCCGCGGAGGAGCGGUGGGCGUCGCUGUGCAACUGCGUGGUCAACUUCCUGCUGGAGGAGAAGUACCACCUCACGGCGCUCGAGCUGCUACAGGAGCUGCAAGAGGACGGCCGCCACGCGCAGGCGCUCCGCCUCCGCUCAUUCUUCUCCGACCCCACCUUCUUCCCCCCCGACCUAGUCGCUCGCGCCUCCUCCUCACCGCCCGGUGCUGAUCCACAGAGUUUGCUAGAAGAGAAAAUUGCAGCAGAAGAAAAGUUGGCACUCACUGAGUAUGAUCUCCGACUAGCCAAGGAAGAUCUUACAUGCAUGAAGCUUGAGUUGCAAAAGCAUCAAGAAUCAUCUCCUGAUAACACAAUCGUACUGCUGAUAGGGCCUCUUUCAGACGCUUCUGCACAUGAAGGGUUCAACCAACAGGACCAACGAGAUGUCAAAAUUUCAGCAUUAGGCCCUCUGAAAGAUAAUGAACGGAAAGAUCUGAACUGUGCUGUAAAGGAAUACCUGCUUUUGGCUGGGUAUCGACUAGCAGCGAUGACUUUCAUUGAGGAGGUUCUUGAUCAGGAUCUUGAUGUUUGGACUAACAGUUCAGCUUGUGUGCCUGAUGCCCUUCGUCGUUAUUACUACCAGUAUCUUUCAUCUACCACUGAGGCGGCUGAGGAAAAAAUAUCCAUUCUUCGUGAAAAUGAAGCACUAAUGAAGGACAGUGAAAGGCUUUAUGCUGAAAAGGUCUCCUUGAUGAAGAGCAGUGAAUUAGCUAAUAAUCAGGUUGCAGCUUUAAGGAAAUCUGUGGAAGCUGCUCACAUGGACAUAAAAGAGAAGGAGAAAAUGGUUCGAGACAUGAAGCAAUCAUUGGAUGUCCAUAGGAAGGAGCUGAAUGACUGCAGAGCUGAAAUUACAGCCCUUAAGAUGCACAUUGAAGGGACUCAAUCAAGUAAACAAAUGUCUGUUGGAGAUACUGGUGGUUUUUCUACCCGGUUAAAUGCUAAUUCUAUGGGAGAAGCAGCAGCAUUGAUCAAUAAACAUGAAAACUUUAAAGGAACUGAAUCCAUAACUAUUAAGCUAGCAUCAGCAGCCGCUCUUACUGAGGACAAACGGAAAGAUCAUAAAAUUACAGGAAGUACUAUUGAAGGUUCUCCAGGUUCAGAAGCACCCGUUUCUUGCUCAACUGCUGGGGGCGGUGGUUAUGGUACUUCAGGAGAAGACGAAUCUGGCACAGAUACUUCUCUGGAAGGUAUAUCUGUUAAUGGCACUCAGCAUGGAGCUGGUAAUAGCCAGGGGAAUCCUGGCAGAAUAUCAGUUUAUGUAUCGGAAGAUAAAGUUAACACUGAGAUAGUAGAGAGUCCAAGCAUACAUAAAUCGUCAUAUAAGAUGGCCUUGGAGACUAUCAAGAUAGUUUCAGAUGCUCUUCCAAAGAUAGUCCCAUAUGUGCUCAUAAACCAUCGCGAGGAGCUUCUUCCAUUGAUCAUAUGUGCUAUAGAAAGACAUCCAGAUAGCGAUGUACGGGAUUCGUUGACUCACACAUUGUUCAAUCUGAUAAAACGGCCUGAUGGACAACAGAGGCGCAUCAUAAUGGAUGCUUGUGUGGAAUUAGCCACGAGUGUUGGGGAGAUGAGAACAGAGACUGAAUUACUACCACAGUGCUGGGAACAGAUAAAUCAUCAAUAUGAGGAGCGUAGGUUGCUUGUUGCUCAGUCCUGUGGAGAACUGGCAGUAUAUGUUCGUCCCGAGAUACGUGAUUCCCUUAUCCUAUCUAUUGUGCAACAACUUGUCGAAGAUUCUGCAACUGUUGUAAGGGAGGCUGCAACACAUAAUCUGGCCUUGCUGCUUCCUUUGUUUCCAAACAUGGAUAAAUAUUAUAAGGUUGAGGAGCUAUUGUUUCAGUUGGUCCGUGACCCUUCUGGGGUAGUGGUGGAUGUUGCUCUCAGAGAACUUGUUCCUGCAGUAGUAGGAUGGGGAGGUAAACUGGAUCAGAUAUUGAGAGUGUUACUGUCACAUAUCCUGGCAUCUGCUCAGCGUUGUCCACCCGUUUCAGGGGUGGAAGGUACAAUAGAUUCUCAUCUCCGUGUUUUAGGAGAACGGGAACGAUGGACCAUUGACGUCCUCCUUCGGAUGCUGACUGAGUUGUUACCAUUUAUUCAUCAGAAAGCUAUAGAGACUUGUCCGUCAAUAGACCCUUCAGAAAACUAUAUUUCAGAAUCCAGCCUAAAGCUGUAUGCGACAGGUGACACAGAAUGGUCAGCGUUUGAGUGGAUGCACACUGAGUGCCUGCCGGAUUUGAUCAAGCUUGCCUGCUUGUUGCCUGCAAAAGAGGAUAGCUUAAGAACAGUGAUUACAAAGUACCUGUUGGCUGUAUCUGGACGCUACGGAAAAGAUUAUCUCGAGCACAUUAUGUUACCUGUAUUUCUUAUAGCAGCUGGUGAUAUUGAUAGUGGUGAUUUUACCUAUUUUCCUCUGUCAAUCCAGUCCAAAGUUCGUGGUUUCCGUCCGAAAACUUCUAUUGCUGAAAAAAUCGCUAUCAUAUGUGUUCUUCCAUUGCUAUUGUCUGGUAUUUUGGGUUCUACUUCAAGCCGUCAACAGUUAGAAGAAUAUUUAAGGAAAUUACUCGUCCAAAACACGAAGGAUGGUUCAUUUUCUAUGCAUCACACUGCCGAGAUCAUUGAUGCGAUCCGGUUUCUUUGCAUAUUUGAGGAGCACCAUGGAGUCAUCUUUCAUAUUCUGUGGGAGAUGGUUGUGAGCUCUGAUACCAAUUUAAAAACCAGUGCUGCAGCUUUACUGAAAGCACUUGUACCCUAUGUUGGCGUGAAAGUUGCAUCGACUCAUGUUUUGCCAGCACUCAUUACUCUUGGUUCUGAUCAAACCUCGGCUGUAAAAUAUGCUAGUAUAGAUGCAUUAGGAGCUGUUGCUCAGCAUUUCAAAAGUGACAUGGUUGUUGACAAGAUACAUAUUCAAAUGGAUGCGUUUCUUGAAGACGGAUCACAUGAAGCUACUAUUUCGGUCAUUCGUGCACUUGCAGUAGCUGUGCCGCAUUCAACAGAUAGACUACAUGAAUAUCUUUUAACCAAGAUAUUUAAACUUACAAGUCUCUCACCUACUGGAAAUGAUAUUGAGCAGCGCCGUGAAAGAGCAAAUGUGUUCUGUGAAGCGCUGCGUGCUUUGGAUGCCACAGAUCUUCCUGCUACACGUGUACGCGAUCUACUUUUGCCCUCUAUACAGAACUUGUUAAAAGAUGUGGAUGCUCUAGACCCUGCACACAAGGAGGCACUAGAAGUUAUAGGCCGGGAAAGGUCAGGAGGUACGCUUGAGAGCAUCGGCAAGGCAAUGGGGGCACAUCUUGGGAUUGCGACCUCUGUCAGCAGUUUCUUUGGUGAGAGCAGUCUGCUUGGGAAGAAAGAGGGUGGAGAGCAGAAUGACCCUGCUGCUACUUCUGUUCUUCCCCAGGUCGGCUUACAAACUCAGCAGGAGAACACAAGGUUUGGUCGCAUAAUGAGGGGUGGGUUUGGAGACAUGUUACGAGGCAAAGCAAAGGGCAGUGAUGAAACCAGCUGAAAUUAUCAACGUUAUCAUUAAAUGCAAUAUUUUCAAGCUUGAUUUUGCCUCCGUCCGGAAUUACUUAUCGCAAAAAUGGAUAGAAAUGAAUGUAUUUAGAACUAAAAUGCAUCUAGAUACAUCCAUUCUUUCGACAAGUAUUUUCUGACGGAGGGAGUAGUUAAUGUAGAACAUAACUAUGCUAUAAGAGCAAGUCAUGCAUGUAUGUCAUAAAUUACAUUGUUUUUGUAUUACUCUGUCAAUGCAAGCACUACAUCAUCAAUUCAUGCAUAUUACACACAA